CUCACUUUCACACAACCACUGUCUCCAGCAGCAGCAGCCGAGAAGCUGAAGCUGCUCGAUUUCAGAACUUCGUCUGUUGCCAACAACACGGUAACAGAAGGCUCAUCUGCGUGCUUUCCCGACGCGUGUUUCGAAGUGUUUGAGGUGGCAAACUUGUCGUAAACAGAUGAAUGACGGUAAAUACAAUUCUGCUGGAGAAGUCGGGGGUCAAGUUGCGGUGUUGUUUGUGCGUUGAGCAACCGAAAACUCUGCCGGUUUGAGUAUUUGUGCUGAAUUAGAGACGCCUUUGAUUUGGGUCAAAUUAAUUUUAGUACCGUUGAAGAAAAUCCACAACUUUUUUCACCAUGCCGCGAAUCAUGAUCAAAGGAGGAGUAUGGAGGAAUACGGAGGAUGAAAUUCUUAAAGCAGCUGUUAUGAAAUAUGGCAAAAAUCAAUGGUCUCGUAUAGCUUCCUUACUUCAUAGAAAGUCAGCAAAACAGUGUAAGGCCCGUUGGUUUGAGUGGUUGGACCCUAGUAUUAAAAAGACUGAAUGGAGCAGAGAAGAAGAUGAAAAGUUACUCCACCUGGCAAAGUUGAUGCCAACUCAGUGGAGAACAAUUGCCCCAAUUAUUGGCCGAACAGCUGCCCAGUGCUUGGAAAGAUACGAAUACCUUCUAGAUCAGGCACAAAAGAAAGAAGAUGGGGACGAAACUGAAGAUCCUCGAAAGCUCAAGCCAGGGGAAAUUGAUCCAAAUCCUGAAACCAAGCCAGCUCGUCCUGAUCCAAAGGAUAUGGAUGAAGAUGAACUGGAAAUGCUUUCUGAGGCAAGAGCUCGUCUUGCCAACACACAGGGCAAAAAAGCAAAGCGCAAGGCCCGUGAAAAGCAGUUAGAAGAAGCAAGGAGACUCGCUGCAUUGCAGAAACGGCGUGAGCUUCGAGCUGCUGGAAUAAAAUUGGCACCAAGGCAUCGCAAAAAGCGUGGUGUUGAUUACAAUCGUGAAAUUCCAUUUGAAAAGAAACCAGCACAGGGUUUCUAUGACACCUCUGAAGAAGUUGUUGAUCCCAUGGCACCUAAUUUUGGCCGUCUCAGACAACAACAUUUGGAUGGUGACCUGCGAUCUGAGAAAGAAGAGAAAGAGCGAAGGAAAGAUAAGCAAAAGCAGAAAAAUCGCAAAGAAAAUGAUGUCCCAGGUUCUAUGUUGGCUGGUCAAGAACCAGCUCGCAAACGGUCUAAACUGGUUCUUCCUGAGCCUCAAAUCUCCGAUGCUGAGCUUCAGCAGGUUGUCAAGUUGGGACGUGCAAGUGAAGUGGCACGGGAUGUAGCAACCGAGUCUGGCACAGGCCUUGCCUCAGAUGCUCUUUUGGCUGACUAUUCUAUCUCAACAGCUGGAGCAAUACGCACACCGAGAACACCUGCUCCAGCCACAGAUCGUAUCCUUCAGGAAGCACAGAACAUGAUGGCUUUAACACAUGUAGACACCCCCUUGAAAGGAGGAACAAACACUGAAAUAAUGAAUUCAGAUUUUAGUGGGGUAACUCCAUCAAGGGAAGUGUCAGCAACACCUAACACAGUGUUGACCACGCCUUUCCGGUCAGCUCAUGGCCAAGAUGGUAGUGCUACUCCUGGCUUUGGAACUCCUGGGUCACAGCAAGGCGGUCCUGGAAUGGCAACUCCCACACCCUUGAGAGACAAACUGAACAUUAAUCCUGAAGAUGGUUUCAGUGUUGGAGAUACACCUCAAGCCCUCAAACAAUACCAGCGAGAAAUGAAAGCUCAGUUAAGCGCUCAGUUGAGUUCCCUGCCAGCUCCUCGCAACGACUAUGAGAUUGUGGUACCAGACCAGGGUGAUGAUGACAUGGAUGGUUCAGGAGGUCCGUCAGGCCCUCAGGUUGAGGACCAGGCUGAUGUGGACUCACGUCGGGAGGCUGAGUUACGAGAGAAGGCUGCCAGAGAGCUACGUCUGAGGUCUCAGGUGGUGCAGCGUGAUCUGCCUAGACCUAUCAAUAUCAAUAGCGGGGUUCUACGAACCACUGCCUCUGAUGGACAACAAAAUGAACUUCAAAAGGCGGAGGAGCUUAUCAAGAAGGAAAUGGUUACCAUGCUUCAUUAUGAUGCUGCAUACCCUAUCCCUGGUCAAAGUCAUAAUGAAAAUCCAGCUAGCCAUUUAACAUACCUUGAUCAACAUUCUUAUGAUACUUUCUCUCAAGAUGCUUUAGAUGAGGCUAAAUCAUUACUUCACGAAGAAAUGGAAACUGUUAAAAAUGGCAUGGGCCAUGGUGAAGUGUCAGUUGAGGCAUAUUCACAAGUGUGGCAAGAGUGUUUGUCGCAGGUUCUGUACAUGCCCAAUCAAGGAAGGUAUACUCGUGCAAGUUUGGCCACAAAGAAAGAGCGUUUAGAAUCACUUGAGAAACGUUUAGAACAGAAUCGUGGUCACAUGACCAAGGAGGCAAAGCGUGCUGCCAAAAUGGAGAAAAAGCUAAAAGUGCUGACUGGAGGAUAUCAGUCAAGGGCUCAAGUGCUGGUUAAACAACUUCAAGAACUUUAUGAACAGCUUGAACAGGCAGACAUGGAACUCUCUACUUUUAAAUUCCUCCAACAACAGGAGAUUGCGGCCAUUCCAAGAAGACUGGAGUCCAUCACUGAGGAUGUCAACCGUCAGAAAGAGAGAGAAUAUGCACUCCAAGAGCGUUAUGGAGAAUUAGUAAAAGCACUGGAGGACUUGAGAGAUGAACUAGACUUUUGAAAUCACUUAGUAGGUUUAUUAAUUCCAGCUUGUCAUUUUAUCUCUGAGAAAAAUACACACACAUUCUUUUGACAAUUCAUUUUAUGUAGAUACAUGUACAGUAUUGAUGAAAUAGAUUUCCUCAAACAAAAUCA